AGACACUUUAAACAUUUGACAAUAAGUUUGUUAUUAAAGAAAGUUUCAAAUGUUUGUUUUCUUUUCCUUUAGAAAGAUGUUAUGCUACAACACAUAGAAUGUGUUAGCUUUAGCCUAACCAAACAAAAAACAAAAAUUAGGAUACGCUCAUAAGUUAAAAAAUUAAUUAUAUCAAAAGGAUAUCCCUUACAAUAACAAAAACAAAACCCUACAAAUUAAGGAUUAAAAAGUAAUCUUGAUUGUUUAAAAUGAAAAGGGUUAGUGGGUCAAAAAGAGCAUUAGAUUUGGGGAAUAAGUUAUCUAAGGGAGGGUAAUGGCUGCUGAUUUGAAUUGAAUUGGGUUUGAUUUUUCUUGAGAUUUGAGAGAGAAUACGAAUCUUCUGCGUGACCGCAGCCCCUUGUUUCUUUCUCCCUCACACACGCAUCAUUGACGGCUUAAAAAGGAAAUACCGCCAUGCGGAAAUUCGUAGCCCACAGAGCCAAGAAGCUGAUCACAAACGCCACCGCUUCCCUUUUCAAUCCCCAUCAUCAAUCGUCUUCUUCUUCUUCAAAUCAAUACUACACUUCUGCUAGGCUUGCUCGAUUCUUCACAUCUCUCCCUUCCGACACAUCCAUGGCUUCCGACAAGUCAACACCGCCUCUUACUGUCGACUCCCUCAACCCAAAGGUCUUGAAAUGUGAGUAUGCUGUACGUGGUGAAAUUGUCUCUCUGGCUCAGACAUUACAGCAAGACUUGCAAGCAAAUCCAGGUUCUCAUCCUUUUGAGGAGAUACUCUACUGUAACAUUGGAAAUCCACAAUCUCUUGGUCAACAGCCCAUCACUUUCUUCAGAGAGGUUCUUGCUUUAUGUGAUCAUCCCACCAUAUUGGACAAGAGUGAAACACAGGGCUUGUUUAGUGCUGAUUCCAUAGAAAGAGCAUGGCAGAUUCUUGAUCAAAUUCCUGGUAGAGCUACUGGUGCAUAUAGUCACAGUCAGGGUAUCAAGGGGUUGCGUGACACCAUUGCUGCUGGCAUUGAAGCUCGUGAUGGUUUUCCUGCUGAUCCAAAUGAUAUCUUUUUAACAGAUGGUGCAAGUCCUGCAGUCCAUAUGAUGAUGCAAUUACUAAUAAGAUCAGAAAAAGAUGGAAUUUUCUGUCCAAUUCCUCAGUAUCCUCUUUACUCAGCUUCAAUCGCCCUUCAUGGUGGAACUCUCGUUCCUUAUUAUCUUGAUGAAGCAACAGGGUGGGGACUUGAGGUCUCUGAGCUCAAGAAGCAACUGGAAGCUGCUAGACAAAAGGGUAUUACUGUUAGAGCCCUUGUUGUCAUUAAUCCAGGAAACCCAACUGGCCAGGUUCUUGCUGAACAGAACCAACGAGACAUUGUUGAGUUCUGCAAGAAAGAAGGUUUGGUUCUUCUAGCAGAUGAGGUUUAUCAGGAAAACAUUUAUGUCCCUGAAAAGCAGUUCCACUCUUUCAAGAAAGUUGCACGUUCAAUGGGAUAUGGUGACAAGGAUAUUCCCUUGGUUUCUUUUCAGUCAGUGUCUAAAGGGUAUUAUGGGGAAUGUGGGAAAAGAGGUGGAUACAUGGAGGUGACUGGUUUCAGUCCUGAAGUAAGGGAACAAAUCUACAAGGUGGCAUCUGUGAAUCUUUGUUCGAAUAUUUCUGGUCAAAUUCUUGCAAGCCUUGUUAUGAGUCCUCCAAAGGUUGGAGAUGAAUCCUAUGAUUCAUAUUUUGCUGAAAGAGAUGGCAUCCUUACAUCACUCGCAAGGCGUGCAAAGACAUUGGAAGACGCUCUCAACAGCUUGGAGGGAGUUACCUGCAACAAAGCAGAAGGUGCAAUGUAUCUUUUCCCACAGGUUAAGCUGCCAAAUAAGGCCAUAAAAGAGGCAGAAAAAGCUAAAAAAGCUCCGGAUGCAUAUUAUGCAAUUCGCCUCCUCAAUGCCACUGGUAUUGUUGUGGUUCCUGGAUCUGGUUUUGGUCAGGUGCCUGGAACAUGGCAUUUUAGUUCAUGGAUGAGUUCCGUGAUUAGAAGCGAUUCUUUUUUCUUUUUUUUUGAGAGAGAGAAAAGGUUGGAUACAAUGAUACACUUAGAUGUGGUGAGACAUUUGAAGAAGUGCCAUGCAUUGGUGGUGCCACUCAAUGACACCUCGAUAAGAGAAUGACACCUCGAAGACAUUCCAUCCACAUGAGGUGCUACUCAAUGUUACAUUGAUGUGCUCUUAUGGCACUUUGACGAUGUGUCGUGCACUGGAGGUGCCACAUAGUGAUAGAAUGUGUCAUUAAGUGACAGGGUCAUGCAAUGACACCUGAUGUGUCAAUGGUGGAUUGUUGAUGCCAAUGCAAUGUAUCUUAAAGAUGAAGGUUUUAGAAGCGGUUGUAUAGCAAAUUGUGAUUGAUUGACACCUUAUCCUCAUAUGUUUACUACCGAAUUCCUAUGAGAAUUUUGUUGUAUGGUGCGACAAUGAUCACUGUGAAUGAUGUGAAUGAUUUUUUGAUGUCUAAGGAACUGAAAAAGAAAAGUUUUAGUUGGUUAUAAGUCCGAUUUGUUUUUAGACAAAGGAAGAACAUCAGAUAGCAGUGAAGAUAACAAACGGAAGUCAAGUUAUGAAUUUAAAGCCACCAUUAGAUGUUAUAUCUGCAAGGAAAAUGGUACUUCAAAAGAAAUGAAAUAAUGGAUUUGAAUCAAAUAGCAACAACAAUGUUGUUGUGGUUCAAGGAAAUUUUGAUGAAG